UUUAUUUUAAUAGUUUGUUUUUAUUUUUAAUGGCGAUGGUUUGUUAGCUGAAAUCUUGGUUUCGGAAUCUCGCUUUCCAUUUUAUUUGUUUUCAAAUAAUAAAAAAUUAUAUUAAAAAAAUUAAAAUGCCCGGUUUUGAAAAGUUAUCUAAAGGACGAGAUGGCAACGUGGAUAAUUUCAAUCCCAAAGAAAAAACUGAAGAUAACUUAUGGGUCAGCAUAUUAGGCGAGGUCCUAGCCAGUUCUCAAAACAAACUCCCCACUUCAAAGCAGCUCUUAGUUUUAGGAGAUAACGAAUCAGGCAAGACAACGUUGAUAGCCAAAGGUCAGGGGACUGAGGCAAAGAAAGGGACUGCUCUGGAGUAUUUGUACAUCAAUGUCAAGGACGAAUAUGGAGAAGAUCAAACGAGAUUGGGUGCCUGGAUUUUAGAUGGAGAUUUGCACCAUCGAGGGCUGCUCAAAUUCGCCUUGACUGAACAGUCUUUCGAACACUGUACUGUCUUGUUGGUGGCCUCCUUGGAGAAACCCUGGGACAUAAUGGACGUCCUUCAGAGGUGGGGGGAGGUUCUAACCACCCACGUCCAGCGAUUAAAACUGGAUCCAAAUUAUAGAAAAGAGAGACAAGAUGCUUUAUACAGGCACUUCCAAGAGUACCAAGAGCCAGAAGAGGGCCAGCCUGCCCCCAGCCAAUCGAGGCGGGGCCAAUCAGUUAGCGACAUUUCAGACGUCAUCCUUCUCCCACUGGGUGAUAAUAUCCUAACGGAAAAUUUGGGCUUACCGAUUGUUGUCGUCUUAACUAAGAGUGACGCCAUGACAGAGUUGGAGAAGAAUAAUGAUUAUCAGCUGGAACAUUGGGACUUUAUACAGCAGCAUGUCAGAAAAUUCUGUCUCAAAUUUGGGGCCUCUUUAUUUUACACAUCGUCGAAGGAGAAUAAGAAUAUAUCACUGCUGUUUAAAUAUCUCAACCACCUAAUAUACAACUUCCCUUUCAACGAGCCUGCGUGUGUCGUCGAGAAGGACUCUGUCUUCAUUCCAGCUGGCUGGGAUAGUGAGAAGAAAGUUUCCAUCCUGUAUGAAGGUCUCACAAGUAUGAAGCAUACUGAUAAGUUUAAUGACAUCAUCAGAGCCCCACUCAUAAGAAAUCAAGUUCAGAGGGAGGUGGAAGUGAUGGCGGAUGAGGAGCAGUUGUUCCUGAUGAAACUGCAGACACAACUGACCAAACAACCUGUCGAUAGUUCGGCUCAGAGGGCCUCACCAGGGCGCACCACACCCACAACUGCAAAUGUUCUGCCCACAAAAGUAUCCCCCUCUAGAGGCACCCCCACUAAUCUCGCAUCACCUGUCACCUCGCAAGCUAAAAAGCCAGAGGCAAGAGUGAGCUCUGCCACAAGUGAUACAGGAGUGCUUGCGAAUUUUUUCAACAGUCUGCUCAGUAAGAAGACAGCUGAUGGAAAGUCUGGGACUGACAGGCAAGUUUCCGUUGACGCCAACCAAUCAGCCGAAUCGACCAAUUAGAACAUUGAUGAUGAUGAUGAUGAUGAUGAUAGUGAUGAUGAUAAUAAUGAUGAUGAACAUGACUUUGUUAUUAGUAAUUUAAUAAAGAAAUAUGUUUUAAUUGAAUGAAACGUUUUAAUGUCAAUGUAUAUACAUAUAUAUAUAUAUAUAUAUAUAUAUAUAUAUAUAUAUAUAUAAUGUUUUAUAUAGCUUCAUACAUCUUGGUUUCUGGGUUAUGUACAAUUAUAAAAUACAAUUGAUACAAAAAUACAAUACCUAAAUACAAUAGAUACAAUGAAUACAAUAUCUGAAUACAAUGAAUACAAUAUACAAUACCUAUAAGAACAAUAAGUUUCUCAAUUCCUUUUUGUAUUAAUUUGUUUGUUCAUUAAUUCUUUCAUCUAUUUUUUCCAUGAUAUAUCAUUUUAUCAUCAUUAUGAUGAAUGUUAGUGAUGAUGAUAAUGUUGAUGAUGAUGAUGAUGGUGGUGGUAAUCAUCAUCAUCAUCAUCAUCAUUUUACGUGUUCCCAAUUUCGAAAUCUCUAACUUUUAUAACAAUUAUCAUCUUUUUUUUAUUAUUAUUAAUAUUAUCAAUUGUCUAUUUUAUUGUUAUUCUUAUUAUUGUUAAUAAUUAUUAUUAUCAUAAUUAUUUUUAUUAUUUAAACUUCUCCACGACUAGUCUAGCUAAAUUAACGUGUUUUCUAAGGUUAGGGUUUUAUGAAUAUUGCUUAUGUGUGUGCGUGUGUAUGCCUGUGUGUGUGUAUGUGUUGUAUGUAUAUGCAUUAAUAUUAUUAUUAAUCUUUUCAUUACAAUAUAAAUAAUUUUCUAUGCAUUUAUUGGUUUUUGAUACAUUUUAUCCAUCAGUUUUAAUCUUAAAAUGAAUAAUUUCAAUCAUAAAUUUUAAUUUGCCAAUUAAUUUUAACUAAUCGAUUAAUUUUUAAUUGAUUGAUUUUUGUAUUAUCCAAUUAAUUUAUAAUGCUCUGAUUGCUUGGUUAGUUUGUGCUGGGAGAAUCAUUGCAUCAAAUUAAUUUUAACCUUAAUCACCAAUUUUAUUCUAUUUUCUUUUUUUGGAUUUGGUUAUUUUUUUGGUUUAAGAUCUAAAAUUGUUCAAUUUAAUAGACACACGCACGCACACACCACACACACACAACACACUCAUACAUACAUACAUAACACACACAUUAUAAAAUAUAUGUAUGUGUAUUUCAAAUUUCAUAAAUCAUAUUUGUAUAAAUGUCUUACUUAU